UUUUUGGUUGUAAAACUGGUAAAUGGUGAUUAGGAAAAAAAAAAAAAAAAAAAAAAAAAAAAAAAACUAGGGAUUACAUUUUGAAGCAUAUGAGUGAAAUAAAUUGAGUUAGUUCACUAUGGGCUAACCCAUUUUGCUUAAUUUGAUUCAAUUUGUUAUUGGCUACUAAUAUUGGUGAUUUGGGUUGUGACUUUCUGUGAUUAAAGGUGGACCAUAUUGAAGAUUGUUUGUGAUUUGGGAAUGUGUUUUUCUUCAAGCUUGGGGAUUAUGAUUUCUUCAGCUAUAUUUUGUACACUUUGGAUGUAAAGUUGAUAAAUGGUGGGUGAUCAUGAAAAAACAGGGGAAAACUUUUUGAAGCAUACGAAUAAAAUAGAUGGAUUUAGACUGACUAUGCAUUGACCCAUUUUGCUUAACUUGGUUCCAUUAACUAACGAAUGUAUGUUUGAGAUAUUUAUAAUUUGCAAUUAUAUAUUUUAUUAAAUUAUUGUAUUAAAAUUUUACAUAAAUAAAAUAAAAGAAUAAGUUACAUAAUAUGUAUAUUAAAAAAAAAAAAUAGAUUGUCAAAAUUCAUGACAUAAUUGGGUUAAUUUUACAUAAUUUUUCUAUCAGGAUUGAUGACGGAAAAAACAAAAAAAAAGAAAAAAGAAAAGUUGUGAUAUGGAUUGUAUUUCGUCAUCCUGUUUAUCAAAUAAAUCGAAGUUUGCUCUUUAGCAGAAUAAAUAGGCAAAUUUGGUUCAGAUUAACCAUUUUUUAAUAGGAUCCACUCAAAGUUAAAUUUGACAGGUAUAAUGUAAUCCUUACUUAUAUGCAACAAGCAUUUUCUUCAUGAUUUAUAAUUAUCUAUUAUUGACCUGUUCAUAAAGCGAGCUUACAAUCUGCCACUUGGUGUUUCAGUUCUGGUAUUCUCCUUUGGAUUCUGUAGAAAAAAUUAUGCAACACGUUAUCUAUUCAUUAAAAUAAAAUUUUGGAUAACUACAGUGAACCUUGUCUUUUGGGAAGCAAAAACCAUCUUUCCUUAAAACAAAACAAAAUUAUAUGGAAAAUAUUUUCCAUCGCCGGCUUUCAAGAUUCUUUUUAUAGAGGAUUGUCGUUCUCUCGGUCCCAUCAUAGAUGUUUUUUUAACUCUUUCUUGUACUUCUGCGUAAGGUAGAAUCAUAUCUAUCCCAGACUAGAAGAUGAUAUCAGAGAUAACAGAAGAGGAGGAUGAAGAAGAAGCCACUUGCUUUAUUGACACAGACGCUCAAAAACAGAGAGUCAGGCAGAUAAUAGAGUACCAGAAAGAACAAUAUCGGUCAUCAUCUUCCUUGUCUUCCUCAUCGGCUUCGUGUUCAUCCUUCUCUGCAUCUCAAAGAAGUAGUAGUUUGUUCAAUUUGAUGAAAACAGGAAGCACAUCUUUAAGGAGAUUAUUUGAGAUGGAACAUACUAGUUUGGCCACCUAUUUUGAAAAUUACAGUGGGUCCCCUUUGAUCAAGCCUAUACCUUUAUGGAGUGGUGAUUCAGAUCAAGAAAGUCAUAUUGAUCCAUGGGCAUCCAUCAAGCAGUAUAGACCCAACGUCGAUUCAGAGAUUGAUGAUGGUCAAAAUAGAUCUGCUUCGGGUGGUAACUUCUUGGAUGGUGAUUUUGGCUUUGUUAAGACAAAGGUAAGAAUUGGGAAUAGGAAAUUGACUAGAAAAAAGUCGUUCCGGAGAUUGCCCGGAUUCGGCUUUUGGAGGUGUAGAGGAUUUAGAUUCAGAUUGAAGUUGAUCAGACGGAUAAAGAUUGCAAUUUUUGGAAGAAAACAGAAAUUGUAAUUAAACUUUUGAACAUCUCACAAAAAAAAACAGAAACAGUUUUUUGUUUUUUUUUUAUUCAUA